GCGUAUCAGAUCGGUGCGGCGGGCCUAGAUCUCUCCACAUCACCCCCGUCCACGGUCCAUCCGUCCCAGUCCCACGACCGCUUCGCCGCCUCGCCGCUCGCCGCGGCCGCCUCCACCGGCCUGCUCCUCCCGCAGUUCCUAUUGGGACCUAGCGCCGUCCGAACGCGUGCCAACCAGUUCGCAGUAACCAAGUUUCGCCCUAUCCAUCGCUGCGGGGAGAUAAUCAUGGCGAGGUUGGUGUCGACUGCCCUCGUCAGGGGGAUCGCGAGGUCGUGCCGCGCGUCGAGCACAGCGGCGGCUAUGGCACAACCCACUUUCCAACAGUUCAUGGCCUACUCAUCACAAGUUGAUGAUUCUAAUGCAAACAUGGCAUCAAGUACAACACGGGUAACUGCUGAUCCGGAUACACAUCAAGAUUUCCAGCCUACAAGCAAAGGUUCUGACUCAUCUUUGCAUGACAUCGUUGCUCAGGAUAUCAAGGAGAAUCCAGUCUUGAUCUACAUGAAGGGUUAUCCUGAUGCUCCCAGGUGUGGGUUCAGUGCACUGGCUGUUAAGGUUCUCCAGCAAUAUGGUGUUUCUAUCAGUGCUAGAGAUAUUCUGAGUAAUAUGAAGCUCAAGGAGAGUGUCAAAGCUCACACUAACUGGCCUACCUUUCCACAAAUAUUUAUCAAAGGAGAGUUCGUUGGAGGAUCUGACAUCAUAUUAAACAUGCACCAGAAAGGUGAGCUUAAGGAUCUACUUGGUGAUGUUGCACAAAAGGGCGAAUAAGACAGAGCCCCAUGAAGCAAGCCACAGUAUGUUAGCAUUAGCAUGGAGAUGGAUGCUUUCUUCGUGUGACUUCAUCUCCGGUGCCCCUACACAUCAUUGGAUGCAGAUUUGCGAUCUCCUUUUGCCAAUCGUGACGAACAAUCCCUCAAUACUAAUAGCAUCCAAGUUCUGUUCGAUGAUUAAUAAAUGACACUAAGUUUCUACUUUUUUUACCUUGUGCUGUUUAUGCCUGAUAGAUCUUGAGGUUCCAAUACGUCAGGUGCUUUGUGUUGGAUUUUAUUUUGGACUUCCACUUGAGCUGCAAUAACAAAUGUUAAGGGUUUUGUGUACUUAUAAUAUAUAGAGGCUCAUGUGCUACUCGUCGAGUGAAUUGUGAUUGCGCUUGCGCUUUGUGGUCUCA